AUGGCGACAGCACGUCAUGUCCUCGUUUUCGGUGCAACAGGGGAUGUGGGCUCUGCGGCUGCACUUCAGGCUCACGAGCAAAGGGCAAAUGUUUUCCUAGCCGUGCGGGACGUUGAAAAAACUAUUCCAAAACUGAACCACAUCGCUUUUAAAAAGGUCCAAGCAGAUCUCACAGAUCCCAAGACAGUCAAGGCUGCUGUGACUCAGACUGGCGCCAAAGUGGUCUUCAUUUAUGCUGUAUUCGGGGCUACCGACGGCAUGCGACUAAGCCUUCUGGCACUCAAAGAAGCCGGCGUCGAAUUUGUGGUGUUGUUGAGUAGCUUCACCAUUGAAGACAAUCCUCGGCAGGUGACACCCACCGACUUCAUUGCUUGGCACCACGCACAGGUAGAAAUCUCACUGGAGGAUAUAUUUGGGGUCGAAAAUUCUACCGCCAUCCGACCAGCCUAUUUCGCAAGCAACAUAUUUCAGCAAAAACAUGGCGUCAUGAAGGGCUUAGUCGAGAUUCCAAACCCUGAGGCCGAAUUUGACUGGAUCUCCCCAUCGGAUGUCGGACGAGUGUGUGGCACUAUACUUGCCCAAGGUACUACACAGCAUAUCGUAGGUCUGGUUGGGGCGGAGAAAAUGUCGUUAAAGGACGCUGUUGCAGUGAUUAGUAGAACUUUGGGAAAAAAAAUUGAGGUCAAGAAAAUCGAGACAGACCAAGCUCUGCAGAACAUUGUGAGCAUAGGGGUUCCGCCUCCUGUGGCUACUUGGAUGAUACAUGAUGUUAUGCACAAAGCAGGUGCAGCUUUCCGUGCCACUGGCUUUGAGGAAGCUGUUGGAAAUGUUCGAAAGUACACUGAGAAGCACCCGCUCAAAUUUCAGCAGUGGGUGGAAGAAAACAGAACUCAGUUUCAAUGA